CAGCCAGACAGCAUCAAAGACUCCCUUUCUGCCAUUUACACUCAAACUAAGCAAAAAUUUAACAUGCAAUUGCGAUGGGACUAUCCGUUAGAGCCCGCAGUAGGAGCUUGGGGUCCAACCACGUCAAAUCACAAUUUCUGUGAAGAGGACUACAUCAUCACUCCCUACAUUGGUGAAUUCGUCAACACCCUCACAAACAUCAGCUAUGUAAUCUACGGAAUCCACGGUCUACGCCGCGUAUCUCCUAAACCCGAAGGCGGCCUUAUCUCGACGCUCGCUUUCCCUUACUGGGGACUCAUCGGCGUCGGCGUCCUGUCCGCCUGGUUCCACGCCACCCUAAAGUACCACUCGCAGAUGGGCGACGACCUGUCCAUGUUCCUUGCGGUGGGUGCUGUACUACACCAGUUGCUGUGUUUCGACGCCACGCGCGCCCAGCGCCAAAAAUACACGUUGUAUAUCCUGGGCAGCCUGAUACCCAUCUCCAUUUACCACGUGUGGGCCGACGAGAUUAUUAUGCACGAAAUUGCUUUUGCAGCCAUGAUAUUCCUUGUCUCACGUCACACGCGUGCACUUAUCAAGAAGCAAAUUACUAAUGAAGCGGCACGCAAGAAGCUGGGGAGCAUGGCUACGUUUGGUAUCUCUACGGGGCUGUUUGGGUAUUUUCUUUGGAACAUUGAUUUUCAUGCUUGUGGGUAUGUUACGCAGUUUAAGCAUUGGAUUGGACUUCCGUGGGGCUUCUUAUUCGAGUUGCAUGGCUGGUGGCAUAUUUUCACAGCGAUUGCGGCGUAUGUGGGUAUGGCACUCACGGAGUAUCUGGUCACAAUUGAAGAGGGGAAGGCAGGGCACGCGCAGGAGGGGUUUGUCUGGCCGGUUAGGACUGUGUUGAGGGACAUAGAUGCGAUUGAGAGGAAGGGCUUUGAAGGGAAGAAGGGUAUGUAAGCAAGUGGCCUUUUGUGCUAGUAUGGAGAUCGGUGUUGGGGUGAAGUGGAGCGAGCAGAGUAAAUCCGAAGAGGGCCGGGUGUUUUCAUUUCUAACUUGACAUAGAACCAUAGAGAUAGAACGGGAUUUCGUGAGUAAAAUCAUUGCACUAACGAAUGCUUACUUUGCUCAUAACCUACUCUAUUCCGCAC